AUGUCAAUUGUCACACUGCAGCUUGGGCAGUGUGGGAACCAGAUUGGGCACGAGGUGUUCAGUGCUCUCUGCAAUGACAUCCGUGGCACCCAUGGGCUGUGUUCCAAGAAGGAGAACAAAUCCUACCAAGAUUCCUGCAAGGAAAGGUUCUUCUGCGAGCAGGAAUCUGGAGUACCUGUUGCCCGGGCUGUGCUUGUUGACAUGGAGCCCAAAGUGAUCAGCCAGACCUUAUCCAUGGCUGCCAGGUCUGGCCACUGGAAAUACAGCAGCCACUCACACUUCUGCCAGAAGCAAGGAUCUGGGAACAACUGGGCCAACGGUUACUCUGUUCAUGGGCCCAGGCACAAAGAAGCAAUCAUGAAUCUGGUGCAGAAAGAAGCAGAGAAGUGUGACCGACUCGGGGGAUUCUUCACAAUCAUGAGCAUGGCUGGGGGCACAGGAUCAGGCCUGGGAGCAUUUGUGACCCAGUGUUUGAGAGAUGCUUUUCCAGCCUCAUUCAUACUGAACCACGUGGUCUGGCCCUAUGGCACGGGGGAGGUCAUUGUUCAAAAUUACAACUCAGUUUUGACUCUGUCACAUCUGUACCACUCAUCAGAUGCCCUUCUUGUCCAUGAAAAUGAUGUCAUCCACAAGAUCUGUGCCCAGCUGAUGAAUAUCAAACAGAUUUCCUUCAGGGAUGUCAAUCAAGUCAUUGCUCACCAGCUGGGCAGCGUUUUCCAGCCCACUCACACCACAGGAGAGGGCUCAGGCUACAGCAGAAACCCAUUAGGAGAUUUGAUGGAGACAUUGGUGCCACACCCCGAGUUCAGGAUGCUGGGCCUUCGGAACAUCCCCCAAAUGCCUGAGAACUCCCUGCCCUACAGCACCUUCAGCUGGCCUGGCCUCAUCAAACACCUCAGGCAGAUGCUCAUCGCCAAUGCUCAGAUGGAGGAAGGUAUUGAUUGGCAAGUACGACCACCACACCCAGGCUCCUCCAUCCCCUCCACAAACAAAGCCCUGCACUUCAACACAUCCAUUGCCAACCUGGUUAUCCUGAGAGGAAAAGAUGUGCAGAGUGUAGACCUGGGAAGUUUCCAAGAGCCCUCAUUAUACACAUCGUGGCUGAACCCUCAGGAUGCUUUUAAUGCAUGGAAAACACCCAGAGCAUUUAACAAGUAUGAAAAGUCUGCUUCUUUGGUCAGCAACAGCCAGUUCCUGCUGAAACCCCUUGACAGCAUCGUAGGAAAAGCUUGGAAUAUGUUUGCUUCCAAAGCUUACCUUCACCAGUACACAAAGUUUGGAAUCCAAGAGGAAGAUUUCCUGGACUGCUUCACAACCCUGGAACAAGUUAUCUCCAGUUACACCAAUCUGUGAUUUAUUUCUUUGUUAAAAUUGUCUGAAAUAGAGAUUUUUCUGAAAGAACCAAGCUGGAAACCCUUCCAUCAACUUCCUGAAAAGACACUGCAGGAAAGAUUGCACAAGAAGUUAAGACAAACAGCACAGGCAAUUGGAGUUUGCAAGAACAAAGGGUCAGGAAAGGAGACCAUGGUGAGCUUCUCCCU